GAGGCAGGACAGCCCAGGGGGUGGACGGAGAAGCAGAGUGGAAAGGGGGGCUAGAGGUCCCAGCAGGGAGCCGGGCCUCGAACCCAGACGAGGCUGCGGAGAGCGAGCCGCCCCGGCCCCCCGCGGGAAACGGCAGUUCAGCGCCGCCUUUGCCGGGAGGAGCUGCGUGACCUUGGCUAGGUCGCUUUUCUCCUUGAGCCACGGUUGCCUCAUCCGUCAAGUGGGGAUGGAAGGACCCCCCUCAGUCUGUCUUGCAGAGGAGCGCGUGGAUGUGAACAUCCGCUGAAAAGCGCCCCGGGAUGCCGUCUGGAGCCCGGAUGCCCCACCAGGGGGCGCCCAUGGGCCCCCCGGGCUCCCCGUACAUGGGCAGCCCCGCCGUGCGACCCGGCCUGGCCCCCGCGGGCAUGGAGCCCGCCCGCAAGCGAGCAGCGCCCCCGCCCGGCCAGAGCCAGGCCCAGAGCCAGGGCCAGCCGGUGCCCACCGCCCCCGCGCGGAGCCGCAGUGCCAAGAGGAGGAAGAUGGCUGACAAAAUCCUCCCUCAAAGGAUCCGGGAGCUGGUCCCCGAGUCCCAGGCUUAUAUGGACCUCCUGGCAUUUGAGAGGAAACUAGAUCAAACCAUCAUGCGGAAGCGGGUGGACAUCCAAGAGGCUCUGAAGAGGCCGAUGAAGCAAAAGCGGAAGCUGCGUCUUUAUAUCUCCAAUACGUUUAACCCUGCGAAGCCCGAUGCUGAAGAUUCCGAUGGCAGCAUCGCCUCCUGGGAGCUGCGGGUGGAGGGGAAGCUCCUGGAUGACGUACGUCCUGGCCCAGGUCUCUCCAGGUGUCCUGGGCCCAGCAAGCAGAAGCGGAAGUUCUCUUCCUUCUUCAAGAGCUUGGUCAUUGAGCUGGACAAAGACCUUUAUGGCCCUGACAACCACCUAGUUGAGUGGCACCGCACACCCACGACCCAGGAGACAGACGGCUUCCAGGUGAAGAGGCCGGGGGACCUGAGCGUACGAUGCACGCUGCUUCUCAUGCUGGACUACCAGCCUCCCCAAUUCAAACUGGAUCCCCGCUUGGCCCGGCUGCUGGGGUUGCACACACAGAGCCGCUCCGCCAUCGUGCAGGCCCUGUGGCAGUAUGUGAAAACCAACAGGCUGCAGGACUCACAUGACAAGGAAUACAUCAAUGGGGACAAAUAUUUCCAGCAGAUUUUUGAUUGCCCCCGGCUGAAGUUUUCUGAGAUUCCCCAGCGCCUCACAGCUCUGCUGUUGCCCCCUGACCCAAUUGUCAUCAACCACGUCAUCAGCGUGGACCCGUCGGACCAGAAGAAGACGGCGUGCUAUGACAUUGAUGUGGAGGUGGAGGAGCCCCUGAAGGGACAGAUGAGCAGCUUCCUUCUGUCCACGGCCAACCAGCAGGAGAUCAGCGCUCUGGACAGUAAGAUCCAUGAGACGAUUGAGUCCAUAAACCAGCUCAAGAUCCAGAGGGACUUCAUGCUAAGCUUCUCCAGAGACCCCAAAGGCUACAUCCAAGACCUGCUCCGCUCCCAGAGCCGGGACCUCAAGGUGAUGACGGACGUGGCAGGCAACCCUGAGGAGGAGCGCCGGGCUGAGUUUUACCACCAGCCCUGGUCCCAGGAAGCCGUCAGCCGCUAUUUCUACUGCAAGAUCCAGCAGCGCCGGCAGGAGCUGGAGCAGUCGCUGGUCGUGCGCACCACCUAGGAGCCCCUGCGGAGGAGCACCAGGAGCACCGCAGAGGGCCUCUGGGCCGGGCCUGCCCCGCCCCCGGGCUCUGCCAUCGCCCCUGACGCCUUCCGGGUGAGGCAGGGGAAUGAUUAAAGCUCAUGCAUCUGAGAGCA